ACGCUCCUUCGCUUUUGAGUCUAAUGUCAAUUGUUUUGCCGCCGGGUCAAUCGAGGAUUUCGAUUUUUAAAACACUCAGACUAAGGUUAAGUAUAAAAAAAUGACAUAUCUGAUCAUCCUGGCAGGUAUUGUUUUGUGCCUAUUUAUAGAACGCAGGAGUCAACGAUCUCUUGGAAGGGAAUGGGUCUAAAAUAAAGAGAAAAACGUAAUACAAGCGCUUGAAGGCCGAAAGCAGUACACCACAGCCUCAGAAUCGCUAAUUUGAAAGAAGGACACAGUUUUGAAUUAAAACAAGCCAAAUAAAUCGCGUGGACCGUUAAAAAUACUGAACAAACAUCAAAGGUUAAGAUGGAUGGUGAGGUCGACCUGAUAGAGUUCGAGGAAGGUUCACCGGAGCGUGGAGCCGAUGAGCGAAGAGGGGGCUCUGCGGUGGAGAGAGAAGCGGAACAAGGAUGCGAACAGGCAAAACGACGUCUCCUCAUCACGGAAUGGGACGAGGCUUGGGCGAGGAUCGUCCCGGAGAAAAACCAGAAGAAGACCAACCAGCUCAAGAGUCUCGGGGAUGAGGCGGAUUUCCUAGACGCGAUCCUGGGCAACAUGGUCACGACGACGAGCGAUUCCGAAGAGCCGAGCACUAGCGGAACGGGCGAGUACAAGGACGUCGAACCGUCCGCUCCUCCUUUGGAAUUGGACUGGGACGACACGUGGGACAUGCCGGGUGGAUCGGGUUCGGCAGGAGGAUGGCAGUUCCUGACUCUCGCCGAUUCGACCGAGCCGGCUCUCCUGACCGCAGGCAGUUUCAGACGGAGUCGGAGGAAGGCGGAGUCGGCCGAUGGACACAGGUCAUCUCCGGGCAGAAGGACCCGAUCCGCCUCGCCGUCUUUCCCUGUGAAUCAUCCGGUCGAUGUGGAAGCCGAGGUGGAACCGACAACUCCGGAAACCCCUCCUACCCCGCCUCCAAUGGUCCAGUGGCCAUCACGGCCUAAAGAGAGUAGAAGGGAUGACGGCGGGGAUGUCGGCACGAGCAGUGGCAUGACGAACUCGGGGGCGGCCGGACCGAGCACCGCUUCCGAAAUACAACAGCCGCAACAACAGCCUCAGCAGCAGCAACAGCAACAGCAAUGGUUGAGACAGUCGAUGAGAAGGAUCACGCAUUUUCGGCUCGAAGAUCCGCCCUCGCCGAGGCAACCGUCACCAGUUCCGGUCGAAGAUGCGCAACCCACGGAGUGUGAAAUGGCAAAUGAAUCUCUAAGUCCACUAGGACAAUGGCCACAUGGCCUGAGCUCGAUGCUUGCAUGCCUGGCAUGUACCCUUGGAAUAUUCAAUAUAUCAAGAUUCGCCAUUUUAAGUGUUCAAUUUGGAGCCAAUUUUAUUCUUCAGUUUUUCCUUAUGUCUUUCAUACUUGGAAUCCCAUUGUUCACAUUUCACGUAUCAUUAGGCCAGCUCUUGGGAGCCGGGAGUAUGGAUAUGUGGAAAAUUUCUCCAAUUUUUCAGGGGAUUGGAAUAGCUUUAAUUUUAACUCAAGCACUGCUAGGUAUUUAUAGUAUAGUCGGUGUAUCUUGGAUGUUUGUUUACUUCCGAGAUUCAUUUAUUACAAAGCAAGACACGUAUAGAUGGGCUGAACCGUAUAUUGGGCUCUUAGGACCUGGAUGGAGAUACAAUUCAUCUCUAGAGGAGACAGUACCUGAUUACUUCAGCGGAGUUGUUCUGCAGAGGCAUACACUCAUUUCACCGGCCAACGCGCCAGGGCAUUUAAAAUUUCAAGUUACUUUUAACUUAGCUGUUGUAUGGAUGAUUGUUUUCAUUUCCCUCAGUAAAGGGUUGAAAUCAUACGGUAAAGUUGUAUUCCUAUUUUCUCUAGUCCCAACCUUUGGCAUGCUUGUGCUUUGUACGAAACUUGUCAGCCUCACGCCCAUAACUCAUCGUUUCCACCUCAGUUUUCCACAGACUGACUGGAGCGAAUUUUUCCUCAAUACAAAAAGCUGGUCGGCUGCAAUGUCAGAAGCAUUUUAUACAUGGGGCCUUUUAGGUUCUUCCGCAAUGCAAAUGGCCUCUCAUAACCGUCCGAAUCAUUUGCUACACAGAGAUACGACUUUGGUCACCAUUAUCACGUUUUCAAUACUCGUACUAGCCGCAUUUUUAGCGAAUAUGUGUUCACAACUUCUUUUAGCCUACGGAUAUUUAUACGUUCCCAGUUCAUUUGAAAAAAUGUCAACUUAUGGUUUCCUCCACCCUACGAAACUUUCUUAUUCAGAACUGCCUCCUUCUUUGACGACCCCGGUCAGAUUUAUGACACACAAUCAGUACCUUACGGGCGAAAAGGUCGUGAUGCCUGGGGCUAACUUGAAGCAAGAGAGCGGCUAUCAAGCUCUCCGUUUGGCGACAGAACUCGUACCAGCUACUCUUGCUAUCAUAGGUUCAGACAGGCUGUCACCUUUUUGGUCUGUCUUAUUUUAUUUCAUCCUCAUCUUAUUUGGCAUUGCCCAGCAGCUUGCUAUAAUGCAUUGCGUCAUAACUGGAAUAAUGGCAAUAAAAGUGAAAACUAUGAAGAACUGGGAGACAACAAUUACUUUAUUUACCUGUGUCUGCGGAUUUAUUCUCGGCCUUCCUAUGGCUACUGAGCUGGGGAUCUUUGUUGUAUAUUUUCUUGAUUAUUGUGUCGGAGGAGCUUGGUGGAUAAUGCUUCUGUACCUGAUAGAACUAGUUGCUGUUUUCAUGGUACGAGGAAGGCCAUACAGUGGUGAGACCAUUGUGGCAACUUUGUUCACAAAAGCUAGUCCUUGGCUUCAGAACUGGGCUGCGCCGAUUCUUUGUUUCAUAUGGAACGUUAUCCUUCCGGUUGUUUUAAUGGUUCUUUGUAUUCUCGUCUUUAAAAAUGGCAGUUAUAAAGAUUUGUACAAGUGGAACGCUCCGCUGACCUAUGACUAUUGGCCCGUAUGGAGCAGAGAACUAGGCUCAUUGAUACAAAUUUUACCGCUGUUGACGAUUCCAUUUAUCGGCAUUGUACAAAGUUGUAGAUAUCUAUCAAAAGGCCCAUCUGACAUAUUUGAUAGAUUGCAAAUGCUUUAUCGUCCAUCUGAAGAGUCUAUAGUCAACAUACCCGAAGAUUUAACUCCUACUGCUGACGAAGAACUUCCUGCAACAUCCAAUCCUGUCAUAGCUACGAUUGAAGACCCACCUCCAAAAUACACACCACCCCCAUCUUAUUCAACUGCUACUGGUGCUAGAAUUGCCAAGUUUCUGCGUCAGAGUUUUCGUAGGAGUUUAAGGCGGAUAACACACUCUCUUAAUACAGUUGAAUCAGGGAUAGAGAAUCCGACCGUGCAGAGUGACACGCUUGCUCCACCGCCCCCAGACUACGCCGCAGUGCUUGUUGAAAUAAACCAGUCGCGUACUCCUUCUUCUAGCAACCAGCCAAGUGAUAUCGCACCGACGACGUCGACCCUGACUGUCAACGAGGUGGCGCAAAUCCUCAGAAGCAGCUUCCGACGUGCAGUUAGGGACAUGAAUAUUUUAGAGAGCACCAGCUCUGAAAGAUUAGUCGAGAGUGCGACUCCGAUCAGCCGUGAUCGAAUUAUCAUGAAUCAAAGUGAAAGUGAUAAAACUAUUGAAGGUUCAAGUUAAAUCAAUCAUUUUUAUACUUUUCUGUGAUAAUAUUUUAUUUUAAUUCCUUUUACUUUUUUUUAACUUUUCUAAUUGUAUUUUUUUUUAACUGUGUAUUGUUUUCUUUUGAAUUAAUGGAUAAAUUAGUGCAAGGGACAGGUAGUAUGUUUUCGAGAUAUAUUUCGUCAUGAAUUAAUUUUGAAAAAAAAAUAGUUUCUCUUAUUUGGUUACUUGACUGAAUGUAAACAAUUAUUGUUUUUAAUUAAGAAACCAGUUAAAUUGGUUUUUGAAUGCUAGUCCAAAACAAAAAGGUAUAAAAUUUGUAGUAUGUAAGUUUAAUACAAAUGUACAAAGACUCCUGAAUAACUAAUCUAUUUAUUUAUACUUUUUUAAGAUAUAUACAAAUUUUACAUUAAAUCUUUUUAUUAAACCUUUUAACAUCAUACUUGUAAGGGGAAAAAUCAUAGACAUUCAGAAAUUGUUAACUGACAAUGCGAGAUCAGAUGUGGGAUCACUGAUUUUCACAAAACAUUUUUUGGAGAAGCUAGGUCAGAAAAUAUUAAACAGCAUAAAACAUUAAAACAAGCAGCAGAAAACAUUAAAAUUAAUCAAGUUUGAGCAUUGAGCACCCCUAGGAUCAGCGGGCACUACAAAUUCAUCACUUCUCUGGAUUUUUAUCCAAAUUCAAUGUUAUAACAACUGAUUAUUUAACGGUCACUAAAUCUAGUUUAAAUGUUAAGUCUUUCUAUGUGAGAAAAAUAAGGAUU